AUGGUCAGGCGUUACGGAUUAUGGUUCCGAUUACGGAAGUUAAUAAUCUGGUUGGUGGGAGUGUACAUAGCCAUUCCAUUCCUAGUAAAACUUUGUCCUGUUAUUCAGGCAAAGCUGGUCUUCUUAAAUUUUGUGAGAGUCCCAUAUUUCAUUGACUUGAAAAGACCACAGGAUCAAGGUUUAAAUCACACCUGUAAUUAUUAUCUGCAGCCAGAGGAGGAUGUAACUAUUGGAGUCUGGCACACAGUCCCUGCAGGGCUGUGGAAGGAUGCUCAAGGAAAGGACCAGCCAUGGUAUGAGGAUGUUUUGGGUUCCAACCAUCCUAUAAUCCUUUACUUGCAUGGAAAUGCAGGAACCAGAGGAGGGGAUCACCGUGUGGAACUCUACAAGGUGUUAAGUUUCCUUGGUUACCAUGUAGUCACAUUUGAUUAUCGAGGGUGGGGAGAUUCAGUAGGCACUCCUUCUGAGAGAGGGAUGACCUAUGAUGCCCUUCAUGUGUUUGACUGGAUAAAGGCAAGAAGUGGAGACAAUCCUCUCUAUAUAUGGGGGCAUUCCUUAGGCACUGGGGUUGCAACGAACUUAGUGAGACGCCUUUGUGAACGAGAAACUCCUCCAGAUGCCCUUAUCCUGGAAUCGCCAUUUACUAACAUACGUGAGGAAGCAAAAAGCCAUCCAUUUUCAGUGAUAUACAGAUACUUCCCUGGGUUUGACUGGUUCUUCCUCGACACCAUCACGAUGAGUGGAAUUAAAUUUGCAAAUGAUGAGAAUGUAAAAUACAUUUCCUGUUCACUGCUCAUCCUCCAUGCUGAAGAUGACCCUGUUGUACCAUUUCAUCUUGGAAAGAAGCUUUACAACUUGGCUGCGACAUCACAGAGCUUCCGGGACUACAAAGUGCAGUUCAUUCCCUUCCACACAGAUCUAGGCUACCGGCACAAAUACAUCUACAGGAGUCCAGAGCUACCUCGAAUACUGCGAUGGAAGCUGCUGUAUGUGUGGUGCAGCCGUAAAAAAUGGGUUGCAGAAAUUUUCAUUCCUCUAGAAAAAGCCAUUGGAACAUGUGGGAAUUCCUGGGGAAAUCUGACCAUGGGCAUCGUCACUGAAGACUGGCUGCUUGGUAGCACUAAAGCUUUCUUUUCUUUUUUGGGGACAGUGGCGAAGCAUGAGCCAGAAGUAAAAUUUGAUAGCCUGGGACCAACCAAGGGCCAGUUUCAAAGCAACAUACAUAGACAUCACAGCACUCCUGAGCUUUGUCUGCAUCCCAUUUUGCUGCUUGACCUCUGAUGAUACAUGAUGCUUUGGUCAGUCUAACGAGAAGCAGCCAUGGGGGGAGGCUUUGUCAUGGUAUCUCAGUGUGUGUACAGGGGUGGGGGGUACACAGCCUGUGUGGAAGGGAAGGAUCCUGAAAACUUCUUUGCUACUGUAAGGACCUCAUCCCAUGGGACGCUCAGUACAUUGAUUUACUUAGGCCCUAUUGAGCAUGGCUGUGCUGUAGUAAACAUUAGAAUAUGUUCUGAGCAAUUGCACAGUAAUGCUUAUUCUGAUCUCUAAGGUAAUAUGUGACAUGGUAUGAAACCUCAUGGAGCUGGUCCAAGACAGGUGCAGUGCCAGGGUGUGAAUCAACACCCAGCAAGCUGUGUGGUAUUAUCUCCAUGGAGUGGUUGGAUGAUAACUGUACAUGCUACUUAGUACAAGCUAAAGACAUAUACCUCCCCCGUAAAAUCCUAACUUUGCUAUCACACAAUUGCACUUAGCACAGUACAGUGGCACUUAGAACAUGUUUUAUUGCUGAACACGUGUAUACUCCUAUGGCCCUGUGUGCUAGACCUGGGGCAUAGGGUAGUGCAGGGCCCAAUCCCAGCAUGCAGGACCAGGAGGGGUAGGGGUGGGAUCCUGGGGCCCUGAUCCCUGUGCAUGGGACAGGCAGGGUGGCAUGUAACCCUGGGCUACAGUCCCAGUGUGCGGGGCUAGGUGGGGGCUGUGUAGGGCCCCACAGCCCAAUCUUGGCACGCAGAGACCAGUGGGCUGGUGUGGGGCCUCAGGGCCCAAUCUGGGUGUGCAAUGCUGGGCAGGGGCAGUGUGAGAUCCUGGGGCAUGGACCCUAGCACAGAGGGCCAGGUAGGGGCAGUGUUGUCCAGAUUCAGGUUGAACUGUGACCUACAGUGUGCCCCAUGCCACUCAGUUGGCCUGCAGGGCCAAAAGGUUGAGAGUACCACUGGCUUUAGUAUAUGUGUGUGGAAGUGGCUGAGAAGCAGGAACUGAUGCUAUUGAACUGUUGGGGGGCAUAACAUGACACAACAGCCUGUAGCUGAACUGUGGCUGUACAGGAGCAGCUGAACCUGAGUUUGGGAAGGGGGCAGGUAGGAUGGAAUAACUCAAAUAAGACAGGUGAAGCUAGCAGGCACCUGGGGUUAUUUUUAUCCCCACCUGGGGAAGCAAGUGUUUGUACGUACCAGUUGCAGUUCUGUUAAUUGGUUGGCUCAGUGGCCCAUGGUCUCGGGUGGAUGUUCCACGCCAACCCUGUUCUACAUGGAUUUCAGGCUUGCGUGGCUGCUUCUCACUGUGCUGGCCAUAGUCCUGCCUCCAGAAUAUCUGGAGCUAUUCCCUGGGACUGCUCUCUGCUUCUUCUGCCCAGAAGACAAACAGCUGUAAACCGUGUUCACCUCCUCCACACGGCAGCCUUGGGUAGGGUGCAUCCUGCCUGUCGAUAAGCCCUACAUGCCCAGCCCAGAGUGGGAUAUUUUAGCAGCCAGAAGCUGAGUCUGUCCAGCCACAGCACUGCAGCAUGGGCACUGGAUAUUAACACUGAUGAUGGAGGGAGGGCUAGGGGUGGGUGGCUUCCUCUAAGAUGUGCGAGUGGGGCUGAACACUGAAGGAAGGCAGGGGCUAUGAGCUCUAGAGACUCAGCUGCAGCACCCAGGCUCCAAAUUUGAGAGAGUUAACAUGAGUCCUGGUGGCUCAGAAGGAAUGGCCAGAUAAAGAACUCAUUUGGUGUUGUGGGACAUUGAAGGGACAGUUUGGGACGCUUAUGCUGUUUUCAGUUCAACUGCUCUUAGUCCCCUAGGUGCUCUCAUGCCAGAGGAUGCCCUCCCCACAUGCCUCACCCAGUGUCCAAGACUUUUCUCAAGCAGUACCCUUUGAGAUGCACUUUCUAUUUACUUCCCUGCCACACACCAUGCUAUGUCCCCCCAUGCCCUUACCCUUACAGGAGCUCCAGGGAUGGUGAUGGUAGUUGGGCCAAGGGAAAGGGACAGGUUCUGUAGCAGGCAAGCUGCCAACAAAGGGCUUUACACUCAAACUCAGGACUUACAGCUCUUGAGAUGAUGUCAUUCAGUCCUGCCUGCCUGUUCAGGCUGUUUUAAGAGCUUUGCUGCUAUGAGGCAAGGAUCAAUACCCCAUCAAAUUCCUAGCUCUGUACAGGAGGCCAGUCUCACCCAGGCUCAUAGGAAAACACAGCUAUUGCUGGCAGGCCCAGGACUUUUUUGUAUAUAUGGAUGUGGCUUUCACAGGGAGGUGCAAGGAAAAAGCAGCAUAGGAUCAUAGACAAUUAGGGGUUCCAUACACAUGCAGGGAGUCUGCUCCAAUGUGCUGGAAAUCCAGUGCGUUGCAGCAGACCUGAUUAAUUUCUGCACUCCAGCAGACUGAAUUAAUGUGCUCCAGCAGAGUCUAGCAUCAUGUGCUGAACGGGGUGCUUUGAACGAAAGCUUGUUUGACUAACCUUAGUUCAAAGCACCCGGCUGCCAUUUUUCAGUGUGGGGACACUGACACAUGUGAUGCUUGGGUUCUUUUAAUUAGCAUGGCUCACUAAUUAAAGUCCCCCCACCCCCAUGCCUCCUGGAGCACGUGUAAAAAUGCCCUUGGGGUUGGCAGGGACCUCAGGAGGUAGGAUGGUCCAACCCUCUGCAUGACUUGUGGCCCCACUGUUGAGCCAUACAGAUCAGAUUCUGAGGCUUAUGUCAGUGCAACUGGUGCCUCUGGCCCAGACCCUGAUCUGGUUACUGGCCUGAGGGCCCAGGAACUGGAACACAAAAGGAGAGCAUUCUGGUGGUUUUAAUCAGUUUCUAAUACACAGGAGAGUACAGUAUACACAAUACACUACACAGCCCCAGAGUUAAUGUUGGAACACUAGUCCAGGGGUUGCAAUAAUGAAUACAUCUAUUUGCACAUCUGAUUAGAGGCAGAUAAGGAAGAGGCUGGGCUGUCGGAAGUUUGACACCUUCCUGGAAAAUGGUCCUACUAGAUCUAUGACCCAGGUGCCUGAUGAAAGUGCCAUUGCCAUCUGUACAGUUCAAAUAUCCCAGUUCAGGGAAUGCAGGUGGUAAAAUGGCAGUAGCAAGUCAACAGUCCAGCAAGUGCAAAUCCAGAUCAAUUAAACA